GCUCAUUCCUACUAGACUACCGGGGUCCUCUAAAAUUCCACACGUGUGCGUGCUGUGUGCAGAGCAGAAAUCAUGGCUGAUCUUCAGAUGAGGCUUCUUCGGCAGAAAAUUCGGAAAAGAAGCGAGAAGAACAAAGAGCGAAAGUUACUUAAAAACUCGAAACAAGAGGAAGAUAAUGAAGGUGCAAAAGAUCCUCAAGAGGAGAUCACUGAAACUAAGGGUGCCACAGCGGUUUCAACGCCACAGAAUGCCAAACCCACAAAGAAGCAGAAAAAACAGAAGAUAUCUGCAGAGGUGGACACAGAAGAAAAUUCUAUCAAAAGGAAGAAAAAAAGGAAGGGUGGCACUACCGGAUUGGCAGGGGUGAAAAAAGCUAAGAAGGAAGAGGAAGAUGAGGAGGAUAUGGAGGAGGUGACUGUGACAGAUGAGGCUGCUGAUGAGGCUACAGACAAACCCACACAACCUCUUGAAGGGGCAGAGGGGGAUGAUGAUGAGGAUGAAGAGGGAAGUGAUGAUGAGGGCGAAGGAAAGAUGUCAGAGGUUGACGAAGAGCAAGAUGGACCCGAACUCCCAACUGGCUUGACUGGUGCUUUUGAGGACACCUCGUUUGCCUCGCUAGCUUCUGUGGUGAGUGAGAACACUCUGAAGGCUGUGAAGGAGAUGGGCUUUGAACACAUGACUGAGAUCCAACACAAAAGCAUCCGCCCCUUACUGGAGGGAAGGGAUGUCCUGGCUGCCGCUAAGACUGGUAGUGGUAAAACCCUGGCCUUCCUCAUCCCCUCCAUAGAACUCAUCUACAAACUCAAGUUCAUGCCCAGGAAUGGCACGGGUGUGGUGAUAUUGUCCCCAACACGGGAGUUGGCAAUGCAGACGUACGGUGUAAUGAAGGAGCUGAUGGCCCACCACGUGCACACCUUUGGCCUGAUCAUGGGCGGCAGCAACCGGUCAGCCGAGGCCCAGAGGCUGGCCAAUGGGGUCAAUAUCCUGGUGGCCACUCCCGGUAGACUGCUGGACCAUCUGCAGAAUACUCCCGGCUUCAUGUUUAAGAACCUCCAGUGUCUGAUCAUUGACGAAGCCGACCGUAUCCUGGAGGUUGGCUUCGAGGAGGAGCUGAAGCAGAUCAUCAAACUGCUGCCUAAGAAAAGGCAGACCAUGCUGUUCUCGGCCACCCAGACUCGCAAGGUGGAAGACCUGGCCCGAAUCUCCCUGAAGAAGGAGCCCCUCUACGUGGGCGUGGACGACAACAAGGACAAUGCCACAGUGGACGGACUGGAGCAGGGCUAUGUGGUGUGUCCAUCUGAGAAGCGCUUCAUGCUGCUCUUCACGUUCCUGAAGAAGAACCGCAAGAAGAAGCUGAUGGUGUUCUUCUCCUCCUGCAUGUCGGUCAAGUUCCACUACGAGCUGCUCAACUACAUUGACCUGCCCGUAAUGGCCAUCCACGGGAAACAGAAGCAGACAAAACGUACCACCACCUUCUUCCAGUUCUGUAAUGCAGACUCCGGCAUCCUGCUGUGUACAGACGUCGCAGCCAGAGGGCUUGACAUCCCUGAGGUGGACUGGAUCGUCCAGUAUGACCCCCCAGAUGACCCCAAGGAGUACAUCCACCGGGUCGGUAGAACGGCUCGUGGCAUCAACGGCAUAGGCCACGCGCUGUUGAUCCUCAGGCCAGAGGAGCUGGGCUUCCUGCGUUUUCUCAAACAGGCCAAGGUUCCUCUAAGUGAGUUCGAAUUCUCUUGGUCCAAGAUCUCGGAUAUCCAGGUUCAGCUGGAGAAACUGAUAGAGAAGAACUACUACCUGCACAAGUCAGCCCAGGAGGCCUACAAGUCCUAUGUCCGGGCUUACGACUCUCAUUCUCUCAAAACCAUCUAUAGUGUGAACACCUUAAACCUCCCCAUGGUAGCGCUGUCCUUCGGCUUCAAAGUGCCACCCUACGUUGACCUCAAUGUUCACAGCAAAGGGGGAAUGAAGAUAACCAAAAGAGGUGGAGGAGGGGGAUUCGGCUACCAGAAGGGCAAGAGCGUCCACAAAGCCAAGAUCUUUAAGCAUGUCAACAAAGGCAGAGGGGACAGGAGGCAAUUCUCCCGCUAACCUGGGGUCUUUAUGUGGGUCAUUACAAAAUGGCUUCCUGAACUCUUCUCCUUUUCAUUCUCUCCACAGACCAAUCUAUAAGGCUGAACCAGGUGUCGCAUUUUGCUCUUAUGCGUGUUAGGCCGGUCUUGUCAUCUGUAAGAGGCGCAAUUAUACUCCUUCUGUUUCAUACUGACUUUAUGAACAGGUGUUUUAUAUCUGCCCUGAUAGGGAUUUCUUGGGGCUGAUAGUUGUUCUAAAGACAAGACUCCUGCAUUCCUUUCCUCACAGCAAAUGUGGAUUGUUAUUGUGGACUCUCUUCGAUAUAUGCAGAACUGUACAUUGAUAAAUGUAUUUGCAUUGUUUUCCAAUAGGCAAUUUAAAAAUAAAUAACUUACACAUUUUCA